AUGUACGCCCGGGCGCAGGCACCGGCCGCAGCGCGGCAGUCUGCAGGGUUUGGCGAACACAACUUCUCGCACGGCCCCGAAAAGAUGCCGGCGCCACUGUCAGACGCCAGUGGGAACCGAGAGCGGGAGGCGGAGGUAGAGCGGCUACAUCAGUUAGUUGGAGCGGCGGCGGAGCUCGUCUUUAAACACCGCCUGGUCAUCCAUCGCAUGAACUGCGGCCCGGUUCAUUCCGGAAAGGAGCAUCGACCCCUGUCCACGUCUGGGAGUAGGGGGGAUGCCUGCAAUGCUGCGCUACAGCAGCUGGUGGAUCUGGAGGAUAAUUUGUCGCAGGAAACGAGUCGUUGUAUUCGUUCCUCUAACGUGACGGCUCUGCACUUCCUCAACGAGAAGCAGUACUCACGUGCGCUGCAGAUUCUACUUAGAACGGAGGCCAUGACUCAGAAAGGGGCCGGAAAGUGGUUCUCUUUCUUCAACCCAGCGGAGUCCAUUGAGCUGGAUGUUAGGGACUUUGUUCAGUCGGCAGAGGACCGCCGCGGCGCGGAGGAGGCGUGUGUCCAGGAGAUGUUUGUUCCAUUCUUCACCAAGCGCCAUGAGAAGAUGCGGCAGCUUGCCUUCGCUGUGAUCAACAAUAACAUUGGCUUGUACCACUUCAAGCUCGCGGAGUACGAGCUGGCGGUGCGGCGCAUGUCCCGUGCGCUUCACUUAGAGGAGGUGUUGGGGGUGGAAACCAUUGGGGUGACGUACUUUAACCUCGCCCAGGCGCAGUAUGAAUGUGGUAGCUUGGAGGAAGCCUUGAUAGCCAUCUCGCUCGCGGAGGAGGCGAUUGAGAGGCGCAUCUACGAAUCCGAGACCCAAAUGAAUAAUCUCCGCCGUAUUGCCACGCACGGCGGCGGCGGCGCCAGCGUUGUUCCAGGGCUAGAGCGACGAAGACUCGACGUGCACAUUGGCUGGCGCGAGGGUGUGUGUUUGCUCUCGCGUGUGCUGGAGACCCACGGAAGGUGGCUGCAGAGUAGUACCGCCUACAAGGCCGCCAUACAUUGUUUUGAGCAGAGCGAUAGGUGGCUGUCAUCGGUGCAGCGGCUGAGCGCGGAGGAGAACACCUGGCGGCAGGAGCUGCGGCAGCGCAUACAGGAGUGCAAGCGUGCGCGGCGGCACAGCUGCUGCUUUCCCAAGUCCGACGCCCCCUGCUCCUCCGCGCCCCCUGGCGGGACUGCGCCCCCGCCGCGUAGCAUAAUCGUCACCACGACGCUUCCACGCACGAUCGAGAUUGCAACCUGCGUGACACCGUUUGAUAACCCCAGAAGAGGGAAUGAGGAGGAGGCGCAGGAGGGAGUAGCAGGCGUCGACCCGUCUCACUCACAGAGGCGGCGGCGGUGGCAGCAGCAGCAGCAGCAGCAGCAAAAGAGGCAAAAGGGAAGGCGGGGAAAGUCUGCGCACAGGGAUGUGUACGAGCUCGCGGCCGCCACUCCUACGGCUGCCGCUGCGGGACCACGUCGGCGCCGCAGCGUGCCGCACCGCCCGGCGUGGGACGCGGACACAAAUGCUGUCCACCGGGACGCAGCGCGACUCCGCACGGCGACCCCGGCGACAAGUUCCGCGACGCACACGAAUUCGGAGGCUAGGACGACCUCACGGGUAACCUCCGCUGCAGGCACACCGCUUUCACGGGGACCCAAAAAAAGGCGAGGGACCUCAGCAAGGCCGACGUUAUCGAGCGAGAUGGAGCUGACCGCGUCAGCUGUACGGAAGAGGCAAGCACCAACCCCAGUGGCGGCGCGCGCGCCGCCGCGCAGGCCGCACUUUGCUCGCCACGACGUGCCACGGCGUGCCUGGGAGGCAAACAACGGCGAUGAAUUAUCGUCACUGACGACGUCGUCCGCGUCGGCAACGAAGUUGUGCGUCCCGUCGCUGGGGAGGUGCAUACACGUCCUGCAGGCCUUUGCCCGGGCACGGCUCUCAUUGCUUGAGAAGGAGUGGAGGAGGCCUCCCGCUGGAACGGGAUUCGUCUCGCCCCAAAGUAGUUCCUAUUUCCCUUCUUCGUCCUUGUCUCCCUCCACAUCCUGUGGUGAGGAGGUUUUCAGCACUGACGGCACACGGAGCCGUGCGAAAACGGGUGGUUCCUUCUUGACGAAUGGCGGGCCUUCCCUGAAGGCGGCGUCGGUCUAUGGCACGACGCCUCAAAAUGCGUGUGUGGUCCUUCUGGCCUUCUUGGCGGCCCGGCGUUCAGCGUCGCUUGCGUGUCAGCGACGCACGGAGCAACGCUACAAUAGCCUUAUGGAGAGGGUUCUGCGGCAAUACACCGCUGCUGCUGCGCCCCCGCCUGCGACUGUGAUGAAGCAGAUGCUGCGUGAUUCGGCACGGAACCGAACAUGGGCGGAGGCGCAGCCGCAGGGCACGAACGGGAGGCACGCGGACCCUCCCCCGCCACCGGCGGCGAGUCCCCCGAAGUGGAACGGUGAGGCGCCUCACGGAGGCGGGGAAAGCGUGGCCUCCAGCGAGGGGAACACGUGUGACGCGCACCUCGCAGAGGACAGGUUUCGUCGCAGGUAUAACUCGCUUCUGCGCAUGCUUCCGCGUGCGAGCGAGCAAGCCAGCACUUCGCUCGAUGCCGCCACGGCAAGCAAUCACUUCAAUGGGGAUUCAGCGUCGGUAAACACGCGCAGUACAGGGCCCCACGGUUACUCAAGCGGUUCUGCCACGCCUCCCAUGUCGGAAGAUUCAGGCAGUCGUAACAGUGGGGUGGAGGACUUUUCCACGUCCUCACGACGCGCACGACGAUGGUCCGACCUCUCCAGCACGCCGCUCUCGGAAGCAGGUUCACAGCAAGUGAACCGCCGCCCUCGUGUUGAUUCUCAGCCACAUGAUGAGAAUCUGGGGACUGCGAGCUGCGGCGACGUAGAAGUGCCAACCGCAAGUGCCAUCGGAAACGGUAUCCACAAUGGGCUUCCACCGCGUCACCCCACGAUUCAGCGACUGCCGUUUUCAUCAUGGGAGGAUGUCAACGGCAUUGCUUAUACCACGGCAGGCAUCCUUCGGCAACGGCUACUGAGGGAGGAGGCCGCCGUUAUGAUCCAAGUGGCCUGGCGCACUUGGAGAGAACGGCGACGAGUGGAGACGGUGCGAAAAUUAAGGUAUAGAUAG